AUGGAAGAAGAUGAUAAUCGCAAUGGAGAGCGUCAACAUUCGGGAGAAGAAUUCAACAGAGCUAUUCUUCCUCUUCUCCAAGCACCUGGGAACCAGCAACCGCACCGAAUCACCAACUUUUACAUUGAUAAUAUUUUGAGACCAGACUUUGGACGGCGGAAAGACGGGACUUUUAAUUAUGAUGAGAAUCACCUCAAUGGACGAGAGAAUAGUCCUCGCCUUCCCCCCAAAUCUGGGCAGUUAGGUGGGACGGUGGCAGGGGAAGGAACAUCGAAUUCUCGUUCAGUCGGUGAGCCCAAAAAAGAUAUUGUUGGAGAUGAGCCUCUCAAGCCCCGAGGAGAAAUUGGAGAUCAGUGCCUAAGCUCCGACUCGGAUAGUUCUCAAGCCAAUUCUGCACCUUCGUCGAAACCUAUGCUCUGGCCAGCCUGGGUGUAUUGUACAAGAUAUUCAGACCGACCAUCAUCAGGUAAAGUAUAGUAUUUUCCUUGCCUUAGUAUUAAGUAAGAAUAUGAAUACCAUUAACCACUGGAUCACUUGUGCAAUAUAAACUGACUCAGUGAACUAAAUAAAUCAAAAUAUAAACCUGAAACCAUCUCCUGCAGCCACAUUAUACAAACAUAAAAAUGAUCCCUUUGUGUAGCUUAUUUUCAACUAUUUGUCCAAAACUUUUAGGAAAUGAAUAAAAUAUAUUCGAAUGAUUUUUUCGUUGCUAAUUAAUGUUUUUAUUUUUUAUUGUUUUAUCCAUAACGACAAGGAAGACUUCGAUUGACCUAGAAUUCUGAUUGGAUGAUAAUGGCGGUUACAAACCAAAUAUUAGGCGUAGGCCUAUUAUAGGUAAUGUUAUCGUAUUGUUACUGUUAUUAUAAGUAUCUCCAUAAAACAUAUUUGGCAAGUCAUGCAAUUAUUAUCAAGCUGACAAUUCCGUUUGAAUAGCCCUAAUAAAGAAAACAAGGAAAAGGAUGAAGAAAAUAGAAAAGUCAAUACUUUUUGGAGAAAAAAAAAGGAUUGAAAGUAUCGAAGUAUUAAAAAUAUUGAAGUAUUUAACUUGUAAAGCAACUUUUAAAGCAGUAUUGAAACAUAGUUUAACGCCAGUGUUCCUCACUCGUCUUUGUUAAUAUUUAAUUAGCAUAUUUUUUUGACAAUGGAGCAAGGCAAAAACUAUUCCAUCCAUAUGCGAAAUGACUGAGAUGCAUGCAAUCACACUUUUAGAGUGCAAAGUUUCGAAAAAAAAACUGGACAGACAUUAGGAAUAGAAACGUCGUUUUGUAAUUACUUUUUACUUCCCUCCUCUGAUAUAUUUAGCAUGUAGUUUAUCAUAUUCUCAAACUAUUCUCAUAUUAGGAUAUUAGGCCUAGCAUAAGCGCUUAUCUACUGCUGCAGGACGUGAUUGUCAGAUCUUCCAUUAUGGCCUAUAGGCUAAUGUUUGUUAUGUUUUGAGGUUUUUCAUAUAACGUCGAAGUAAAUACACUUCAAAGUGUAUCAAAGUAACAAUUAUAUAUGUUGUCCAUUUUAAUUUCUAGGCUAUUUAAUUUCUAGCUAACAUCGUUUAAAAGGAGCACAUUGUUAAGCUAUAUUGCAUUAUCCAUUCAGCUAUUUAGAAGCACUAACAUGAUGUUAAUAUUGAUAAUAUCCCAUCGUCGUAUAACCUAUAGGCCCUAUAUUAUGCAUAAUGGAAUGAAUACAUUAACUUCUCCGAACAACUCGAAAAUUGUAACAAAAUAAAGUUCCAUUACUAAACAAAAAAAGUUACCACUGUGUUUUAUGUUGGUCUCAUAACAUAGGUCUGCAUGUAACGAAAUAAACGGUAUUAAAAAAAAACUUCAUUCCAGGAGUACGGAAAAAUAGAUAGGCAUAUUGAUCAUAAUAACGUUCAAAUGCUAUUGUGAAUCCAAUAAACGUGCAGCUGCGAAUCGAUCUCUUAUUUGGUGUAGAACUAGCCAACUCAAAAUCAGUUUCAUGAAAUGUUCACGAUAUUCAUUACAUAUUUAUGAAGCUUAUAAAUGUAGUUCCUAUGGUAACAGUGAUAAAGGGGCGCCUAUACCCCCUCCCUCUAACCCCACCCCCAUCAACACCCACCCAUCAUCCUCUCCUAUGCACACAAAACCCCGCACCCUUUUAGAAUAUUUUAAAUUCUAAUACAAUUUUAGGUCUAUAGCUUAUUGUGCCUAUACUGGCAAUUUGGCUAAUAUUAAUACCAACACAAUACUUCUUCUGCUACUAAAGGCCCAUUGGGCCUAAUACUUGGCUAUUACUGCUAUCCUACUAGGCCUAUUCUAGCAUGUUAGAGUCCUACGAAUCCGUUUUGAUCGUCAUGAUCAUCAUAUUAAUUAGUCAGGCAUUAGUGAUCAUGUUAUUGAGGACGUUGAAGGCAUCGUUUUUGUUCCUUUCAAAGUCUGAUCAUUGAAUGUAUUCUAAUCUACAGGGCCAAGAUCUCGUAAACCAAAGAAGUCGACCACUACCACGACCACGACGACGACGACGACCCCAAGCAAGGAUGACAAGCGUCCGAGAACGGCCUUCACAGCAGAACAGCUCCAGAGACUAAAAACGGAGUUUCAGACGAGUCGGUACCUGACGGAACAGAGAAGACAAAGUCUGGCACAAGAACUGGGCCUCAACGAAUCUCAAAUUAAAAUCUGGUUUCAAAACAAGAGGGCCAAAAUAAAGAAGGCUACCGGGAAUAAAAACUCUUUAGCCUUGCACCUGAUGGCACAGGGACUAUACAAUCAUGCCACAUCAUCUAAGGAUGAAAAAUCAGACAGCGAUUGA